UCACAGCUACCUGUUGAAGCAGACGUGUUUUUUCGACAGCGACGAAUCUUAAAAAAAUGACCUUUCCCCGUCCUUCUAAAAAGAUAAAAUCCUCAACAGGGCGGGUCCAUUUGAUGCAUUUGUUCAACAGAACAGUAGGUUCGACCAACAUAUGUUGCCUAAAUUCGCCUGAGCUAUUGUUUACUAACAUAUGCUAUUGCUAGCUGUAUUUAGCGUUGUGUUGAAAAUGGCGCACACACAAGUUCACAAUUAAAGUCUAAUUAGGCUCCUAAUCAUUAGAGGGAGUGGUUCCAGGAUACGCGCCAGCAGCCAAGGAGUUAAUCCGAGCUGUGUCGCUAGGGGAAGGAGGAUGCUUACGGAGGAGCAGCGGCACAUCUCCAGCUGGAAAAGAGGCGCACAUCAGCUCCACUUGCAGGAAGAACUGUUGAAUGUUUCCAGCUUUGUCAGAGGAUAAAAAGUCAGUGGAUUGCAGAAUUCGGACCUGGAUGUGUCAGGUCAGUCCACCUUGCAGGCCUGCGUAAUUGAUGAGCUUUUAAUUUGAAAACAAAAAACGUGUUGCGCUAAUGAUUUCGAAAUAAGCGCAAACAUCUGGAGGAUUCCAAUCAGCACAAAGUGCAAACAGGUGGUUUGAGGGAGCUGCGAUGAGUGCGCACUGGCGUUAAUGCUUUGAGUUGUGCCGCACAAAGUGUUCAUUUGUGGCGGGUACUGGGUCUAAAUGAUCAGCUCCGUGUGUGUUUCGUCUUACCGAGGGCGAAAGUCCGGCAACAAACCUCCGUCCAAAACAUGUCUGAAGGAGGAGAUGUCCAGGGGCGAGGAUUCGGAUAAAAUCAUCAUCAACGUAGGUGGCACCCGGCAUGAAACCUACAAGAGCACCCUAAGGACCCUGCCCGGGACCCGCCUGGCAUGGCUGGCCAACCCGGACCCGCAGGUCAGCACCGAGGAGUCGUCCGACUCGGCGCCUCCGAGCACCAACGAGUUUUUCUUCGAUCGACACCCGGGGAUCUUCGCCUAUGUGCUCAACUACUACCGGACUGGGAAGCUGCACUGCCCGGCCGACGUGUGCGGACCUCUCUUCGAGGAGGAGCUGGCUUUUUGGGGCAUAGACGAGACCGACGUGGAGCCUUGCUGCUGGAUGACUUACCGCCAGCACCGAGACGCCGAGGAGGCCCUGGAGACGUUCGAACCGCCAGAACCGGAGGACACGGACGACGACAGCGAGAUGCCCAGGAGGUUUGGCAUAGAGGACUGUCCUGACAGGUCGAGGGGGUGCUGCGAAGUUUGGCAACCCAAGUUCUGGGCCUUGUUUGAUGACCCCUACUCAUCCAGAGCAGCCAGGGGAGUGGCACUUGCAUCGCUCUUCUUCAUCCUGGUGUCCAUCACCACCUUCUGCUUGGAGACCCACGAAGCCUUCAACGAGCUUCAGAACCGCACAGAGCUGGUGGUUGUGGGCAACGUCACCCGUGUAGAGGAGAGGUGGGAAAUGGUGACCAAGCCCAUCCUCAUUCUGGUGGAGGGCGUUUGCGUGGUCUGGUUCACUUUUGAGUUCCUGGUGCGAAUCAUCUGCUGCCCAGACAAGUUGGUCUUCAUAAAGAAUUCGCUGAACAUCAUUGACUUUGUGGCUAUUUUACCUUUCUACCUGGAAAUGGGCCUGAGCGGGCUGUCAUCCAAAGCGGCCAAUGACGUGCUAGGUUUCCUCCGAGUGGUGCGGUUUGUCCGGAUUCUUCGGAUCUUCAAGCUAACGCGACAUUUUGUAGGUCUUCGUGUGCUUGGACACACUUUGAGGGCCAGUAUAAAUGAAUUCCUCCUGCUCAUCAUCUUCUUGGCUUUGGGUGUGCUCAUCUUCGCCACCAUGAUAUACUACGCCGAGCGUAUCGGCGCCAGUCCAGACGACCCCACAGGUUAUAAUCACACGCACUUCAAGAACAUCCCUAUCAGCUUUUGGUGGGCCGUCGUCACCAUGACAACUCUUGGCUAUGGAGACAUGUACCCGCAGACGUGGUUGGGCAUGAUGGUGGGAGCGUUGUGUGCGCUGGCUGGGGUCCUGACCAUCGCAAUGCCCGUCCCGGUCAUCGUGAAUAAUUUUGGGAUGUACUACUCGCUGGCAAUGGCCAAACAGAAGCUGCCCAAAAAGAAGAAUAAGCACAAUCCCAAUCCAGAUACUCAAACUGACUCUGCAUCAUUUGGGAAGUCGGAGACAAACUCACACAGAAACAGCACUCAGAGUGACACUUGUCCACUGGCGGCUGAGGAGAAAGUGAGCAGAAACCGAUCAGACUCCAAACAGAACGGGGAUGCAAACGUGACCCUCUCAGAGGAGGAAGGCAUCAGUCUGACCCAGCCGCUGUCCCCCAAUGAAAAGUGGUCACUGCGUUGCACCCGGGGGCGAGAUAGAUCUAAGAAAGAAGCCACCUGCUUCCUCCUAACCCCAGGAGACCCCAGCGUCCACAGUGAGAGCUGCAAAGACAUGCUGGCGCCGCCUGCAAACUACAGUCAGACAGAGGUCACCUCGCUAACCUGAUGCUGAACGGCUUUUAAAAGAAACAGAAAAGAUCAUGAACUCAAGGUUGCUGCACCGAAGGCAGAGAUGGCGUACGGAAUGCAUCUCCAUGGAGAUUUGGGAUGACAGGCAACAAUAAAUACCGUCCACACACACACACACACGCACACACACACACACUGGCUCAGUGCACUCAUCACUGUACUGUGCAGUGCACUGUGGUGAUGGUGGAGGAGAAGAUGGCAGUCAGAUGUCAUGACAGACUAGUUCAAAUUUCCUCUAACAAAAUCAUUAAAAAAAGAAAAGAAGGAAUGUUUUGGCAAAAGAUGUACAAAAAAAAAAAUUGAUGUGAAACCUGAUUCCUUUUAUUUGCUUGCGUUCUUAUGAGUUACUCACUGAAGUGAUUUGGGUACUCGAUUUACUCGAGUCACUGGUCUGCCUGUGAAGUGGCUCAAGCAGGAAGGGGAGAGGAGACUUGAUUUUAGGCUUUUUCCACAUUUAUACAAAUAGAGUUUGAGUAGCACUUGUGAAGUGAAUUAUAUUUAUAUAGCGCUUUUCUCUAGUGACUCAAAGCACUUUACAUAGUGAAACCCAAUAUCUAAGUUACAUUUAAACCAGUGUGGGUGGCACUGGGAGUAGGUGGGUAAAGCGUCUUGCCCAGUGACUAGGAUGGCAGAAGCGGGGAUCGAACCUGGAACCCUCAAGUUGCUGGCACGGCCGCUCUACCAACCGAGCUAUACCGCCCCAAUUGCACAAUUGGUGGCAUUUACCCGUGUUCCUUUUUUAUUUCAGCGAGCAGUAGUGAAGGGUAAAUGAUGUCUCAGUGAGUGUUUGGCACACUCACUAGCUGUAAUGACACUGCACUUUGUUGGUGUUUCUUUAUGGCCAUCUUCUGCAUUGAAAAAAAGUCAUUAUUUUGACCAACAAAUAAAAUGAAAGGUUAGCUAAUAUUAUUUAGCUGUUUUUAUUUUUAACAGCACAGAAAAGAAUAUGAUUGCACAACUCCAGUCAAUGAGCCAAAGUGGAAAAUAAGAACUUUUACUUUAGUACGCACUCUAAGAUCAAAAUGACGAAAACGGAUGUCCAAACGAGGUGAGAAGGCUUCUUUUAAUACGCGCUGUAACGUGGCGUUUUGCGGUCAAAUGUCAGAGUAGCUAUAACAGUCAUGUGGUUUUUUUUUUAAAGUGAUGAACACAUGGAGGCACUGAGGGACACAGUAUCACUCCUUGGGUUUCAUAAUGCAAGGAUUCUGGGGCUCCAUCUAGUGGUACGCCAAAGGAUCACUUUAUUAAGGUACAGUAUUUUAUAUUCCUAUAUUCAACACAGUGUUACUGUUCAAACUGUGUGUAAUGUUACAGUGGCCGAAAAUGUUAAAUAUACUUGUUAAAUAAAUAAAAACCUCUGCUUUGUUUUUAAUGACUACUUAGGCCUACACAAGACGACAAUAAUGACUGUGCAUGUGAGCUGUGCUUGCUAUGUUUAUGUAUUUUAUGUAUUUUUAUCUAUUUAUCUAUGUUCUUAUGGUUUUAUGUGUUAUGAAUUUGCACUAAAUUAGUUAUGCUUACAAUUUCGUUGUACAAUGACAAUAAAGAUAUAUUCUAUUCUAUUCUACUCUA